GACAGACAGCCACAUAUAGGUUACGAUAUAUUUAGUUUAUAAUUUAUAUUAAGUUGAAUUAGACGUGUAUUUAUAUUUUUUAGACUUCUUGCAUAAGCUGUCCUGUAAUAUGAUUGCGAAGUCUAUUUUUAUUUUAUGAAUGACUUGUAGUCGACGCGUUUGUCCAAAUGAUUUGUUUGUGCUGUGGACUUAAGUUGGAGACCGCUCGUUAUUAAGAAGCAACAGUACGUAUUACAAGUAGUAGUAAAUAAUAAUAAUAAUAAUAAUAAUAAUAAUAAUAAUAAUACUGCACUAUCGAUAGAAAACAUUAUAAAGUUAUUGUUUAAAUCCGGUUCAAGCUUUUUUGUGACAUUUUACAGUGUGUGUAGCCUAUAGAUAGAUAGAUAUAAUGGAUAUUUGAAGAAAAACAAAUUUGAAAACGAUCUAUUUCACUAGCUUUUCUUAUGAUUUGUUUAUAUAUAAUCUUUUUGUUAGCACUUUGAGUCAAAUCAAUCAAUAUUUUUCCAUGAUUGUUUUGCUAUACUAGGCAACAAUAAGGGUUAUUAUCGAUGUGAUAUUAUAAAACGGACUUUCUGAAAAAAGUAGGCAUAUCAGGUCAAAUAAUUAACGGUUUGAUUUCAACAACAACAAAACAACUGGAAAAGGAAAACUGCGGUUUGAAUUACCAAGGGGGUGAAAAAGGAGACGGUUUUGAAGUGACGUUUCAAAAUCCCUUUCAUGGUUUUACAAUUACCAGACCUUAGCAAGACCAAACCAACUGAAGAAAAUAUGAAAAUAAAUUAAUAUAAAAAAUAUAUACAUAAAAAGCUUUAAGUGUAAAACGUAUGGUAAAUCGGUGAGCAAAUAUAAGUCAGAGGCCUAUGUGAAUAUAGGCCUGACAUUAUCAAAUAAGAAAAAGGCGCGUUUUCGCUUCAUUUGCAGCACAACACAUAAGCUACCGAGGGAGGCGGGAGGCAGGCAGACAAGCUAAUUCGGCGAAGAUGUCGGGUGAGGACCACAGUUUAUCAGAGGUGGAAAUGAGCCCCGGGGUCUCGGAAGACGGACAUUCCUUGUCUCCGGGUCCCGCCUCAAGCGCAGCCGGCGGGGAGUCGCCUUUACCCGGGCAGCAGGACUCACGCGAGCCGGGGCAUGCGGGCGGCGUCGAAGGGAUCACCGUGAAAUCGGAAGCGGACGAUGACCGGUUUCCGAUCGGGAUUAGAGAAGCUGUCAGCCAGGUGCUGAACGGCUAUGACUGGACUCUGGUGCCCAUGCCUGUGCGGGUCAGCUCCGGGAACAAAAACAAGCCACACGUGAAGAGGCCGAUGAACGCGUUCAUGGUUUGGGCCCAGGCAGCGCGGAGGAAACUGGCUGACCAGUACCCGCACCUGCACAACGCGGAGCUCAGCAAGACCCUGGGCAAGCUGUGGAGGCUGCUGAACGAGAGUGACAAGCGGCCCUUCAUCGAGGAGGCGGAGCGACUGCGCAUGCAGCACAAGAAGGACCACCCCGAGUACAAAUACCAGCCGCGCCGCCGCAAGAACGGCAAAUCAGGAGCCGGCUCUGAGGGCGACGCCCACUCCGAGGGCGAGGCCACACCCAGCGGCCAACCGCUCUUCAAGAGCCUGCACCUGGAACACGCCCACUCCGCGGGGGCGGGCUCUCCGCUCUCUGAUGGGCUCCACCCCCAUCCAGCAGGUCAAACCCACAGCCCUCCCACUCCGCCCACCACCCCCAAAACCGAACUCCAGUCUGGCAAAUCCUCGGAUGGCAAGCGCGGGGAGCGCUCCCUGGGGGUGGGGGGCGAGGGGAGCGGGGCUAGCGGACCAGGCAAACCCCACCUGGAUUUUGGGAGCAUGGAUAUCGGGGAGAUCAGCCACGAGGUCAUGUCAACCAUGGAGCCCUUCGACGUCAACGAGUUUGACCAGUACCUGCCUCCCAACGGGCACUCUGCGGGGCAGCCCGGGGGGUCCUCGUACCCGUACGGGAUCACCAGUGCCCUGGCAGCGGCGGGGGGUCACUCCGCGGCCUGGCUGUCCAAACACCACCACCACCAUCACCACCACCACUCCCCGGCCAGCUCCAAUGAACCCGGGAAGGCUCCUGUCAAGAGUGAGUCCGGCUUCCCAGAACAGCCCAGCGGCUCCCAGCUCACCUACACCUCCCUCAGCCUCCCCCACUACGGGACAGCCUUCCCAGCCCUGGCCUCCCGCCCCCAGUUUGAGUACAGCGACCACCAGCCGUCCACCUCCUACUACAGCCACGGCGCCCAGCCCUCCGGCAUCUACUCUGCCUUCUCCUACAUGGGUCCUUCGCAGCGGCCCCUGUACACAGCCAUCGCUGACCCCGCCACCGUCCCACAAUCCCACAGCCCCACCCACUGGGACCAGCCUGUCUACACCACCCUGUCCCGUCCAUGAGGGGGUGUCUGGUCUGUCCCUGGGGAGAUGGGUGGAGAUUUUGGGGCUGAUUUUUCCAUUUCCCUGCUUCUGAAUUUGUGGCACUGAACUUUUUGGGGAGAAAAAUAAAUAAUAAUAAUUCAAAUCUCAGUAGCCAUGUCGGUCCGCCAGUAUUAGGGCCCCCCCUCCACUUCCUGUCCAAAAAAAGGGACCCUUAUUCUCGCGCACCAACAUGGAAGCUUUUCAAACAAGUGAAAGUUCAGCUCCACAAUGAUGAGGUGAGCAGCAGAAGAGGUAUCUAUGAAACACUUGUGGGUUUUUCCAAAAGGACAGUUUGUUUGUUAGUCGGUCUGUUUCCACGGUAGAUCAAAAUAUCUGGACGGGGUGAACGAAGCGGUCCGGUAUAUCCAGGCUGAGUCGUCUUGACUGCAGCGCUGCGGUUUCUGUUCAUUUGUAAGGGGUGAAUGAUUAGGUGAAUUACUCGGCGGUUUCAUUCUGUCUUUGUUUCCAUCUGACCCUGGUUACCGAGUCGAAUGCAGGUUUGAAAACGGUCCUGACUGUUUCCAUUAGCAGCAAACCGGUUUGAAUUUGGACUCUGCCAGCCAGCACUAGUUAGGAUUGGGGUACGUUGACAGGCACCAAGUCUUUUGAGAAUCAAAAAAAACAACCAAACACCUGAGAAUCAAAUGGACACCAAAUAGAUAUACAUAAAGAACUCCUCCCCAUAGGCUUACCAUGUUUGAUGUCAUGAUGCAGCAGCCAUGCAUUAAGAACAAACGUUUACUAUUGAGAGACAACUGAACCCUUCUAGAAGUGUGCCAUAGUUAAAAGAACAGCAAAGUAAUAAGCACAGUGAAAGCUAAAGCACAGGGAAGCAUUGUAAAGCACAGAGAGGUGUGGUAAAGCAUAGGGAAGCAUUGUAAAGCACAGAGAGAUGUGGUAAAGCAUAGGGAAGCAUUGUGAAGCACAGAGAGGUCUGGUGAAGCAUAGGGAAGCAUUGUAAAGCACAGAGAGGUGUGGUAAAGCAUAGGGAAGCAUUGUAAAGCACAGAGAGGUCUGGUAAAGCAUAGGGAAGCAUUGUAAAGCACAUAAAGGUCUGGUAAAGCAUAGGGAAGCAUUGUAAAGCACAUAAAGGUCUGGUAAAGCACAGGGAGGUGUGGUAAAACAUAGCAAACCAGGGUAAACUAGGUUAAAUGCAGAGUAUAAACAUGGUGAAACUGCAGGAAUAACUUUUUUAAGGUUAUCCCUGAACAGUGUGAAUAAGACUUGUGAAGAAGAGGCUGUGAAGAACAAGCUGAGAAAGUCAGUCAUGUUGCCACAGUGGCGUGUGUUCAGGGUUAAAGAAGAAAUCCCUGCACUGCGUGUGGAGGAGCCCAGGAAGAAUUGCAGUCCAAUUGUAACCAAUCUCCAGCUGUAGAAACCAGACCCUGCCACUCCCUGGCAUGCUGUGUGCUCUCUGCGAUACCAGCAGCCCUCAGAUUUUCAAUGAAAAAUAUAUUUUCUUCUUUCCAUUGCUUUUGAUAUGGAGGGAGGAGACGAUGGCAUCCUUCCGGCUCCUAUGAGACUAGCAAGCAAAUGCAUGACAGUCUUCCAUGUGUCCCCCAUGCUUUAUAUAUAAAGACUACAAGAGAGUUUUGUAUCCAUCCCUAUAUGAGGUCGCCAUGCAUGAAAGAGUUAAAGAUAUUUCACCCCUGAAGGGAGAGCCAGAGAACGAUAUGAACAACUACACCUGUGACCUACAGCACUUCCUGGGUGCCAGACUUUGCAAUUCCAAUUAUAAUUCCAAUUACAGCUGCAUUGUUUAUGGAAAUUCCAAUUCCAAUUCUGUUUUGUUCAAUUAGAAUUCUGCUGCAGUACAAUUCUAAUGCUUUAGAUGGUGAGGCUUUUUAAUGUGGGGCUACAGUACAACACCAUGGGACCACUGAUGUGCACUGCAGUACUGACCUGGGUGAAGACUACAGCUAUGCAGCUAUGGCCAAGAGUUUUGCAUCUUCCCCCUAUACAAUGAACUUGUUUUGCUUCAUAAAGUCCAAUGAAAGCUGCUAAAUAAUGUCCCCUUGUUAACAUAUUGAAUUCCACCCCCUCUAUAUAGAAUGAACUCACUCAGCUUCAUAGAGUCCAAUGAAAGCUGCUGAAUAAUGUUCCCUUGUUAACAUAUUGAAUUGCACACCCUCUAUAUAGAUUAAUUAUUUGUUUAUUUAGCAGACGCCUUUAUCCAAGGCGACUUACAGAGACUAGGGUGUGUGAACUAUGCAUCAGCUGCAGAGUCACUUACAACUACAUCUCACCCGAAAGACGGAGCACAAGGAGGUGAAGUGACUUGCUCAGGGUCACACAAUGAGUUAGUGGCUGAGGUGGGAUUUGAACCGGGGACCUCCUGGUUACAAACCCUUUUCUUUAACCACUGGACCACACAGCCUCACUCAGCUUCAUAGAGUCCAAUGAAACCUGCUGAAUAAUGUUCCCUUGUUAAUAUAUUGAAUUCCACCCCCUCUAUAUAGAACAAACUCACUCAGCUUCAUAGAGUCCAAUGAAAGCUGCUGAAUAAUGUUCCCUUGUUAACAUAUUGAAUUCCACCCCCUCUAUAUAGAAUGAACUCACUCAGCUUCAUAGAGACCAAUGAAAGCUGCUGAAUAAUGUUCCCUUGUUAACAUAUUGAAUUCCACCCCCUCUAUAUAGAAUGAACUCACUCAGCUUCAUAGAGACCAAUGAAACCUGCUGAAUAAUGUUCCCUUGUUAACAUAUUGAAUUGCACACCCAGCGCUUUGUAGUUUUCCAGAUACUAAACGAAAAACUGACUGGAGAAAAUGUGACAUUUCGAAAUCUAAUAUAAAAUACUACUGGACUGCUAUUAGGGCUCCCGGUAAACCUUUUUGUUUACAUAAUGUUAAAUAAAAGAUCUAAAUUCUUUUCAUAGUGCUUUUUUUAAUUUCUCAAUCCUAAAUUUAUAGGUUAUGCAAAACCUUUGGCCAUAGUUGUAAAGUCAUAUCACAACAUUUUCAAUAGCUUCCCAGUACUGAAUUUUAUUAAAAUAUAUACAAAUUUUGAAUAUUGUCUUUUUUUUUAUUAACUAAAAUGAAGGAUUUUUUUUGUUACUGUUGUAUGAAAAAAAAAAAAACUAAUAAUAAUGGAGUUGUAUUAUUCUUUGUUCCACUGUAACUCUAGACCACUUCCCAUUUUUGCAAUAAUAUGUUUGAGAAAUGUGGUUUCGUUCUUGUAAAUAUGUUUUUUCGGUGUAAAAUAUGACCUUUUACCUUCUGCAUUGUGUUUCCCGUUGCUUUAUAUUUUCCACAACCCGCUUGUUCAAACUGAAGAGAAAAAGUGGCCUAGUGGUGAGAGAUGAGGGACCUGGAGUGAGGAGACCCAGUUGAACCCCAAUCAUAUCUAUUUAUAAGCUUUUGAUUUUGUGCAAGUUGGGGCCAAAUAUUGUUUAUUGUGCUAAAGUUUUAAAUUAAAUUUUAUUCUCUCUCUCUCUGUCUCUAAAAAGCUACAUUUAGGGCACUUUUUUAAUUUAAAUAUGAUACAUUAACUUUCUGUGCCUGGUUUUAUAAAGCAACACACGUUUCCGGUCAGUAUACCAUUUGUAUUUUAUUAUUAUUAUUAUUAUUAUUAUUAUUAUUAUUAUUAUUGCUUCCUUUCAAAAUGUCAAAGACCUGCUUUUAUUAUUUUUAUUAUUAUUAAAUUUAUAUUAAAAAGUUAUUUAUAUUUGCUGAAAAAAUGAAUUUGUAUCCUCUGUUUUAACACCUGUUUCUCACAAUCUUGUAUCAAAAAAAACAAUGUGUUUUUUUUUUUUGUUGUUGGUUUUUGUGUGAUUUGAACUCUGUAAAUAUUAGCCUUACUGAAAAAGUAGAGUUGUAGCGAUCUUUAUUAACUCCUCUGACACUAAAUAAAAUAAAUAUUCUUUCUUUUUUAAA